UGGGCGCGGCGCGGGCUCGGGUGCCGGGGCUCCCGCAGGAUGGGCGCGCGCGGGGUGCUGCUCUGCCUGCUCCCGCUGGUGCGAGCCGCCGAGCGCCCCGAGGGUCGGGCCGACGAGCCGGGCCUGGAGGCGGCCCUGGCCGUGCCCAACGCCUCGCACUUCUUCUGGAGCAACUACACCUUCUCCGACUGGCAGAACUUUGUGGGCCGGAGGCGCUACGGGGCCGAGUCCCAGAACCCCACGGUGAAAGCCCUGCUCAUCGUGGCUUACUCCUUCAUCAUCGUCUUCUCGCUCUUCGGUAACGUCCUGGUCUGUCAUGUCAUCUUCAAGAACCAGCGAAUGCACUCGGCCACCAGCCUCUUCAUCGUCAACCUGGCGGUCGCCGACAUCAUGAUCACGCUGCUCAACACGCCCUUCACCUUGGUCCGCUUUGUGAACAGCACCUGGGUGUUCGGGAAAGGCAUGUGCCACGUCAGCCGCUUCGCCCAGUACUGCUCCCUGCAUGUCUCCGCACUGACAUUGACGGCCAUCGCCGUUGACCGACACCAGGUCAUCAUGCAUCCGUUGAAACCCCGGAUCUCCAUCACGAAAGGGGUCAUCUACAUCACGGUCAUCUGGACCAUGGCAACGUUCUUUUCACUCCCACAUGCCAUCUGCCAGAAAUUAUUUACCUUCAAGUACAGUGAGAACAUUGUCCGCUCCCUGUGCCUACCAGACUUCCCUGAGCCAGCUGACCUCUUCUGGAAGUACCUGGACUUGGCCACCUUCAUCCUGCUGUACAUCCUCCCCCUCCUCAUCAUCUCCGUGGCCUACGCCCGAGUGGCCAAGAAGCUGUGGUUGUGCAACACCAUUGGGGAUGUGACCACGGAGCAGUACCUGGCCCUUCGGCGUAAGAAGAAGACGACCAUCAAGAUGCUGAUGCUGGUGGUGGUCCUCUUCGCUCUCUGCUGGUUCCCCCUCAACUGCUAUGUCCUCCUCCUGUCCAGCAAGGUCAUCCACACCAACAAUGCCCUCUACUUCGCCUUCCACUGGUUUGCCAUGAGCAGCACUUGCUAUAAUCCCUUCAUCUACUGCUGGCUCAAUGAGAACUUCAGGGUCGAGCUGAAAGCAUUACUGAGCAUGUGCCAAAGGCUGCCCAAGGCCCAGGAGGAGAGGCCACCCUCCCCAGUUGCUUCUUUCAGGGUGGCUUGGACAGAGAAGAGCGAUGGCCGGAGGGCUCCACUGGCCAGUAACCUCUUGCCCUCCUCCCAACUCCAGUCUGGGAAGACAGACCUGUCUGCUGUGGAGCCCAUUGUGGCAGUGAGUUAGAGGGAGGCGGGAAGGGGCAGGGAGAGGGCUCUGUUCCCAGCCGAGGUUGGCAAAGGGCCUGAGGACGGAGCCUGGAAAAAUGCCUGUCCCCUCACACAUGACCUUCACAGUGCUGGAAACAAGGCCCUACAGAAGCCACGGGACCCUGGAUUUCCUAGGAAAUGCUGUCUAGACUCCUACCCCAUUUGACGUGAAAACUAAAAGGCAACUACAAAUCAGACAUGUGUUUAUGAAUUCCUGUCUAAGAAAUGCUACGAGGCAUAUCACCUUGGUUGCCUGAGCCAGAGAACCCAGGACAGCUUCAGCCCACAUGAGGGCUGAGUCAGUUGGCUGCCUAACAACCCUCCCUACUGCCGAAUGUUCAUAAAGGACACCUGAGUCAUACUUGGGGCGUGGCUGACCCAGAUGCACAGAACUCUACUCGAACAACGUUCAUUGGCCACUGAAAGGUGAAUGAGCCCCAGCUGAUGUGGAGGGUUUUGGGGCCUCACUUUCUGAAGUCCUGGGCCAGGAUGAAUCUCAGUAGUAGAGUGGCUGGCUGGACAGAUGACUAGAAAGGACCAAUUAGGGCCCUUAAAGAGGAAUUACUGAGUUAUCUUAAAGAAGGAUUAUUAUUAAAACUUGGGAAAAUUUAGAAAAGCACAAAGAAGAAAACAAAAGUCACCCCUUUCUGCAUUUCAUUAAUAUACUAUGGAUUUAUUUACAACUUUUCCCUUUGCAUGUGUGUGUGCACACGCUCUCCCUUCCAUCCUGAAUUACACUUUUCCACAUAGACACAAGCAAGCAACAGGGCAUAACAGAGAACUUCCGAGCCUCUCUCCCAAGGAUAGUGUCCACCAGAAGAAUUGGAGGAAGAGGUGGGAGAGGAACCCAAGAGUAAGGCUGUGAUGGAGCCAACAGACUGCCUUCUUCUUGUAGCCAGUGGUGGGAAAGGUCUGGAUGAAGUUCUCAGAUGGUGGCCAUCAUGAUGAGCUGGGAAACAAAACUCAUCGAGGAGGCAUAAUUCCUUCCCUCCUGCACUCACAUGGAACAAGAAGUGGUAAAACGUCCUGAUUUACAGGAGAUGAUGGAGCAGCCUCUCC